AUGGACGCAGCUGAUGUUGUAGCAAUCAUUGUUGGCGUUGGCCUUCUUGUCGUUGUUGGCCUCGCUGGCCUCGGAUACUUCCUCCGCAGAGAUACCACAAAGGGAACAAACUAA